AUGAAGUUUAUGAAACUUGGAUCCAAACCUGACUCGGUUCAAUCAAACGGAGACAAUGUUAGGUAUGUAGCAACUGAGUUAGAAACAGAGCUCACCAUCACCAUCGGCAAUAUCAAGUUCUAUUUGCAUAAGUUUCCGCUUCUUUCCAAAAGUGGAUAUCUCCAGAAACUCAUAGCAACAUCAAGAAAUGAAGAGAAGAAGAACCAAGUUGAUGAGAUUGACAUAUCAGAGAUUCCUGGUGGCUCUGUUGCUUUUGAGGUUUGUGUCAAGUUCUGCUACGGCAUCACGGUCACCUUAAACGCUUACAACGUGUUUGCAGCUCGUUGCGCAGCUGAGUUCCUGGAGAUGAAUGAAACUUUUGAGAAGAGCAAUCUUGUUUACAAGAUUGAUGUGUUCUUGAACUCAACUAUCUUCCGUAGCUGGAAAGAUUCCAUCAUUGUCUUCCAGACCACAAGAGAUCUCUCUCCUAACUACUCUAAUGAGUUUACCCUUAAGCUUGUCAAGCGUUGCCUCGACUCCAUUGCUUACACAGCUUCCAUAGACACCUCAAAAGUCGAGUGGUCUUACACUUACAACAGGAAGAAGAAGCUUGAUGAGAAAGCUGUUCCAAGAGACUGGUGGGUGGAAGAUCUAUGUGAGCUUCAUAUCGAUUUGUAUAAACAAGCCAUCGAAGCUAUCAAGACGAGAGGGAAAGUGCCCGUUGAAGUCAUUGGAGAAGCGUUACAUGCUUAUGCAAGAAGAAGAAUAGAUGGUUUCAGCAAAGGUUUAGUGCGAGCUAUUGACAAAUCUUUGACUGAUUCAAUCAUAGAGCUUCUCCCUGAUAAGAAAGGAAGUGUUUCCUCUAGUUUCUUGAGUAAGCUUCUUCGAGCAUCGGUCUUUCUUGGAUGCGAAGAAACUGUGAAAGAUAGGUUAAAGAAGCGGAUUAGCGAGCAGCUUGAAGUGACAACAGUAAGUGAUAUCUUAAUGUUUGAUAUAGACAUGCUGAAGAGCCUAGUCAAGGAGUUUAUGGACCGUGACCCGAAAACUCACUCAAAAGCAUCUGUUGCAAAACUCAUUGAUGGAUACUUAGCUGAGAAUUCAAAAGACCCUAAUCUCCUUCUCCAGGACUUCCUCUCUCUCGCUGAAACAGUCUCUAGCUUCCCAAGACACACUCAUGAUGGGUUAUACCGCGCCAUCGACAUGUUUCUGAAGGAACAUCUGGGGGUUACUAAAAGCGAGAAGAAGAGAUUGUGUGGGUUAAUGGAUUGUAGAAAACUUUCAGCUGAAGCGUGUGAACAUGCGGUGCAGAAUGAGCGUUUGCCAAUGCGGGUGAUUGUGCAAGUUCUGUUUUUUGAACAGAUUCGAGCCAAUGGUUCAUCAACAGGAUACAGUACUCCUGAGCUCACCACAACGACGCUGAACACUGAGGAUGAUGAAUGGGACCGUUAGACAGCGUAUUGAUCUCAGCAUUAAUGAAUCUUUCUCUUUUGUGUCCCACUAGAUUCAACAGUCUUUGUAGCACAAUUUAUUUAAGUUUCCUUAUGAACUGAAAACGUUUGGUUCUUGAUUUUUCUAAAUGGGCCAAGUAGCAACGGGUCCUAGUCAAGAGCUUUGUGUCUGGUCUUAAGCCCGUUC